AAACGUUCUAUUGAUCAUCACGAAUUAUGCGCUUGAAAUCCACUUUCGGUUUGUUUCAAUUGAAUUUCCGCUGUUUUGUAUCCUUUCAAGACUGAAAACGACUUGUUGAUGUUGGGUGUUGUUUAUCAUCUGAGGACAAAUGGCUGAAUUUAUCAAUGAGCAACAAAACUGGAGGAAUGGCAAGACACUGAAACAAUGUAACCGCUACAUCCUGGAACAGGAAAUUGGCUGUGAUAUCCACUUCAUUGUCGGACCCCCAGACAACCAAAAACGUAUUGGGGCUCACAAAUGCAUUUUAAUGGCUAGAAGCGAUGUGUUCUUUGCCAUGUUUGAAGGGCUUAUGGCAGGGCCAGAUAGCUUGAUAACAGUUCCAGACAUUGAUCCAUUUACUUUUAAGAAAAUGUUACUGUACAUUUACUGUGAUGAUACAGGGAUAGAUUUGAGUGAAGCUUUUCCCCUUCUAUAUGCUGCACAGAAGUACAAUAUCCAGGGCCUUGUUACACGAUGCGACCAGCGAAUGAGGGCAGGGAUGUCGGUGGAGAAUGUGUGUUUUGUUCUGAUGAAUGCAGUUCUAUUUCGUGCAGAGGAAACUAAACAGCUGUGUCUACAGUAUAUAUAUCUUCAUGCAUUGAAUGUAUUUUCAGCAGAUGGAUUCAUGGACCUCUCAGAAGAAUGUCUGAUCGAAAUACUUCAGCACCACAAAGUCAAUAUGCAAGAAGAAAAGAUAUUUGAGGCAGUUGAAAAAUGGGGCGUAGAAAGAAUCAAGAGACAGAAUUUAGAGGUCAAUGCAAGAAACACUCGCAGUGUCCUGAACAAUAUUCUACCGUAUAUUCGCUUUCCAAGGAUGGAUGCCUCUUAUUUCACAGAUAAGGUCUCUCUUAAAGGUAUACUAACUGAUUCAGAACUUGUGACACAUUAUCGAUUUUUAACCACCAAAAGAGCUGACCCACCAGAACCUCCAAGAGACCGGAGACUCGUAUUUGACAGAUUUAAAGGCAACAUGAGUGGUAAAGGAUAUUUGCGUGGAAAUGCUGAUGCCAUUUCCUUCAUUCUCUCUGAUGAUGCUAAGCUACAUGAGGUUUUUGUUUAUGGGAGCUGUAAGAAUGAAGCUCUGUAUAGAAUAAAACUUAACAUUCAAGAAGAUGAGCAUAAGCUACCAGAAAAAUAUUUUGACUUAAGGACUAAUGGCGCUACCAAAACCUAUCCACUAGAGAUUGUGCCUCCUGUGUUAGUGAAGAAAGAUGUCCGCUAUUCACUCGUGAUGCAAAUGACAGGCCCAGCCAGCUAUAGCGGACAACAUGGGGAAACAACAAUUGCCAAGGACGGUGUGACCAUUUCUUUCAUGGUCAAUGAAGCAGGACUGAAUGGCACAAAUGUCAAACAAGGGCAAUUCAGUAGCCUUGUCUUUGAAAAAGUGUAGACUCACUUUUGUAAUUGUAUACUGUACAUGUUAAAUGAAACUGUACAUAAAAUCCAAGGGUAUCAACUUACAUUGUAGCUUCAUAUGAAGACAAUACGGUAACCUGAUUAGCCUGAUUUCCCAGUGAUGACCUAUCUAGAUUAUAUAUUUAUACUAUACAUUGUAUCCUAACAAACCGACAUUCGCUUGUUGCGUAUUCACGAGAAAUAAGUAAAUGGUCUGGUCAUGUUAAAUAACGACAGUACAGACACGUUAAUUGUCGAACUUUCUAGGCAAGUUUUCUCUUAAUCAAGACAAGUAAAUUACAAACGACCACAUGUCUUUCAUUCCAUAAUACUAUCUUCGAUGGCUGUAGAAGACAACAGUGACGUUAACUGGUAUUUCCUCCCACAAUUCAUUAUUAGACCUUACGCAUGUGCUUUUACAGCAACCAAAUGAAUGGAUAUUAAAAUGAAUUUUAUACUUCAA